AUGGAAAUUACAGUGGCUGAAAGCCAACGAGACACGAUGACGGCAGAUGGGAUGCAGCUCGAAGAUUGGCUGGACGAUCUCUGCGUCCGCUUCAUCAUCAACCUCCCCCAAGAGGACCUGUCGUCUGUGGCUCGGAUAUGUUUCCAGGUUGAGGAAGCUCAAUGGUUUUACGAAGACUUUAUAAGACCACUGGAUCCCAACCUACCCUCCAUGUCACUGAGAACCUUUUGCCUGCGCAUUUUCCAACACUGCCCGUUACUUGCCUCGUUCUCGGUUGAGAAUCACACCAAGGCGUUCGAAGAAUUCUUGCAGUACAAAACCAGAGUUCCUGUACGAGGCGCCAUCAUGCUCAACCACAUGAUGGACUCUGUCGUCCUGGUCAAAGGUUGGAAAAAAGGCGCAAACUGGAGUUUUCCGCGAGGCAAAAUCAACAAAGACGAAGAUGACUUGGACUGUGCCAUUCGCGAGGUUUAUGAAGAGACAGGGCUGGAUCUUCGUGCCGCUGGCCUCGCACCCGAUGAGAAGAAGCCCAAAUACAUUGAAAUUCCGAUGCGAGAGCAGCAGCUCCGCCUCUACGUCUUUCGCGAUAUCCCCAUGGACACUAAAUUCCAGCCUCGCACGCGCAAAGAAAUCAGCAAAAUCCAAUGGUACAGGCUUUCCGAGCUGCCGGCCUUUCGCAAGAAGGGCGUGCAGAACCAGGGCGAACAAAGCACUGGGCCUGCAGUCAACAGGUUCUACAUGGUUGCCCCUUUUCUCGUUCCUCUGAAAAAGUGGAUUCUUUCGCAGAGGAGAAUCGACGACAGGAGAGCAGCCAAAGAAGCCCGAAACCUUGCGCCGCUCCCUCCCGUUGUUGUGGAUGAUAUCGCGACGACUGAAGACGACACUUGGGCGCCAACUUGUCCUGAGCCUGCAUCUCAGGUCCCUGCCAUUGAAACGCUCGACGGGGCCACGAGAGAAUUGCGGCGACUGUUGAAGAUGCAGCCCCCUACUCAAGGUAUCCAAGUCCAGCCAGAGGAAGACAAGGGAACCGCGCUUUUGUCAAUUCUUCAGUCUAACAGUGAUUGCACGACACAACAAACAUAUCCGACCCCGCUAUCGCCACAGUCUCCUCAACGUGCGACAGGAUCGGCAAUGCCACGACCUCCUGGUCAUGCACAUCACUUCAACACCGCCCGAGCCCCGAGUACUCGGCAGAUUCCACAGCACUCUCCUUCCGUUUUGUCCUUGCAGGAUUACGGACGUGCGCCUGGGAACCUCCCGCCAGGCACAGUCAACCAUGCAGAGCACCGGGCUCGGUUCCAGAGCGGUUUAGAGCCGCCGCAUUACGUCGAUUCCAGGAACAAUCCGCUUUUCGCGUCGCAAGGCUCCUUUCAGCAGCCUGCAACGCCUCAGCCCAAUAGCAAUCACGGCCCUCAAUCCGCCGGCUUCGUUUCCAGACAGAGCUCUUUGUCUGGGCAGUUGAAUCAGUCAUUGACCAGCCCCAGCUCCGCGAGACUUGGUGAGGCUUCUGCUGCUCUUCUCAGCGCCUUUAAGCGAGAUGCCGCUUCUCCGCAGACGAGCCUGAACAAUCUUGACGCUAUGGCAAGUGCGUAUCGAAAAUCUUCUAGUGGACAAGUGUCGCAUGAUCCCUUGCGAAGCUCGUCAGCCGCCCCCCUGAGCCAGGCGGCUGGUGGCUCGGCGUCACGCCAGAUGAUGGAACACAGUACUAUCUCCGAGGUAGUCGGGUCGUCGACUUAUCCGGCGGGGGUUCAACAUCGGUCUGCCCUUUUGGAUAUUUUCAACCAACGCCACACAACAAACGCUGGGGCUCACCAUUCCUCGGAAGGUAUUGCAGAGUCCGGUCCUAGCGACGUUGCUCAACGUGCCGGUCAGCCUCCGCAAGAAGAGAGUGCUAGCACACGGCAACUAGAUCAUCAUCAUCAUGACGCUUCGACAGGUCCAAAAGUACCUCUGGAAUCUUAUCCUGCUCAAGAAAAUCACGGCCGACCGGCAUUGAGCUCGACGCGUCAGGGAGGGAAACCCAUCCCGUACCAGAAUCAGCAUCGAAAGCCCGUCGGGUCCCCACUGGUCCCAGGCCGUACUAAACAGCCGUCUCAAGUACCACGCAUCCUUAAGCGAGGACAGAGUAUGAACCAAUUCAACGAUGCAGACAACAACCAACAGAGUGCUUCAUCAGCCACGGCACUGGGCUUUGCCUCGGCCAAGCCUGCUCCUGGCCAUACCGGGGCUAUGCCCGAACCCACCCAUGGACCUAGUCCAGGUUACCGCGACGGAGAUUCCCACGGCCCUCGUGAGAAAAAGGAGCAGCUCUUGUCUCUUUUCGGCAAACAGCCAGUUUCUGGUAACCCGAAUGCGGGAUCAGGUCGGCUUGAGAAGGAAACGGGAAAUAUCGCAAAUACCACUCAGUCGAUGAUGCCCUCCAAAGCGCCCCGAGCAGAGGAGGCUCCCAUGUCUGCUGCGGAGAGGACAUUCUUGUUGGAUUACUUGCAGUCCGUUACCAAGAAUGCGGGACGCGGAUAG